AUGACACUGAUGGAGAACGAGACACAAGUGGCACAGUUCAUCCUUCUAGGACUAACCGAUGAUCCAGCGCUGCAGCUUCCCCUGUUUCUUGUGUUUCUAGUCAUCUACAUCAUCACUCUGUUAGGAAAUUUAGGAUUGAUUACAUUGAUUGUUUGGGACUUACAUCUCCACACUCCCAUGUACUUUUUCCUUGGUAACCUAUCUCUCGUGGACUUCUGUUACUCUUCAGCAGUCACUCCCACCGUCAUGUCUGAACUCCUAGGGGACAACGUCAUCUCCUACAAUGCCUGUGUUUCUCAGAUGCUCUUUUUUGUAGCCUUUGCCACUGUGGAAAAUUUCCUUUUGGCAUCAAUGGCUUAUGACCGCUAUGUAGCAGUAUGCCAACCCCUACAUUACACCAUCACCAUGACAACAAGUGUGUGCUCUCGUCUCAUCACAGGUUCCUAUAUCUACAGUUUCCUGAAUGCUUCCAUACAUGUGAGGAAUACAUUCAGCCUCUCGUUCUGUAAAUCCAAUGUGGUCCACCACUUUUUCUGUGAUGUCCCAGCAGUCAUGGCCCUUUCAUGUUCCAAUAGACAUGUGAUUGAGGCCAUUCUAAUUUAUGUCGCGAGCUUCAAUAUCUUUUUUGCUCUCCUGGUUAUUUUGAUUUCAUACAUAUUCAUAUUUAUCGCCAUCCUAAAGUUGCAUUCAGUUGCAGGAUAUCAGAAGGCCUUUUCCACCUGUGCUUCCCACCUUGCUGCAGUCUCCAUCUUCUACGGAACAGUCAUCUUCAUGUAUCUACAGCCCAGCUCCAGCCACUCCUUGGACACAGACAAAACAGCAUCUGUGUUUUACACCAUGAUCAUCCCCAUGCUGAACCCUGUGGUCUACAGUCUGAGGAACAAAGAGGUCAAGAAUGCAUUUAUGAAGAUAGUUUGGAGAUAA